GCAAUAUUCUCGCAUGUCUCGCAUUGCUUCAAACUUGGGUGGCGUCAUUGACGCGAUGUGGGGCAAGAUGAUGCUACAGGGCGAUGCCAACGCAUUGAGAUGUUGCUUAGCACUGUCGCAGAAGAUCCGCGGAAUCAUGGCAGCCUUUCCGAAGGAUGUGCCUGUCAUUAGCAGCCAUCCGAUUGUUGGGAACAUGGCUGUGGCCUGCGGAUUCAAGAACGUCAUCAACUUGAUUUUUGACAACUAUCCACAGUAUUUUGUUUUGGUGCCCGGCGCAAUCAAUUUAGUGCAGUCACCUUCUUACUUUGACAAGCUCCUGGAUAUGGGAUGCCCAUCAAGUAGCCUUCGCUUAGCAGGUCAUUGGGUGUCUAGUGACCUUGUCCUGAAUGCCAUUCCCGACAGCAAGGCACGGCUGAGUCGCCUGGAAAAGAAGCUGCCACGUCGUUUCCUGAUUGCUGUGGGUGGUGCUGGAGCUCAACGUGCAUUUUUGGAAGGGCUCUUGCAAGGUAUUGCCGACCUUCUGCGAGAGAAGCGCAUUCGGAUAUAUUUGAAUUGUGGAGAUCAUGGACACAUCGCAGAUGCAGUCUCGGCAAAGCUGCAGGCUUUGUCCUUGGACUGGACAGAAGUCACCACCAAUGAAGGGACCGUCGAACUCUGCAAGAAAGAGGCCUUGGCAAAAUUGGAGGAGCCGGCAGAUUGGAAGGCCGUGACGUUGUUCCGCUUCGACUCCCACUUUGCCGCCUUCCGGUGCACGGACCUGGUGAUCCGCAUGGUGGACGUCCUGGUGACCAAGCCCUCAGAGUUGGCCUUCUUCCCCGUGCCAAAGCUUCACAUCCGUCGAGUUGGGGCCCAUGAGGCUCACAGUGCCGUGCGAGCACAAGAGCUCGGUGAUGGCACGGUGGAAUGCCGAGAGGUGAGCCAUGCAGUAUCCAAAUUGCAUCAGCUGAUUGAGCCAGAUUCAGCGCUCUUCCGCCUCAUGAAUGACUGCAUUAUCAAGGCAGCAGAGACAAACGUCUAUGACGGCAGCAAAGUGGCAUGUGAGAUUGCAUUUGGUUUGAAUGAGAAGACAGCUGAAAAGACUGGGAAGAAGACUGAACUGAUUCCCAAGGAGGCAAAGGAGAAGGUUUUGGUAGCAGCUUGACGCUGUUUACAGCGCUCAGCAUGAUCAAGCUAACGGGCUCAACAUUGAUUGAGUCAAUCUGCUUGUUUUGCUGUCUAUUGAUUUUUAAGCAUGGACCCUACGUGCAGCUUGUGCCUGUGGAAUCAGAAAUACACAC